GAAAAUCAGCUGGUUUUCAUGUGCAGUGCUUUAUCUGACUGGACUAAUUUCUCCUCCCUGGGUGGGGAUGCUGUGCUUUGAUAAACUAGAAAAGGAUGAAAGAAAUAGCUGUUUCUCCUUUGCCUGCUCUUGGUAUUAGCAUCUUGCUAAACGAGGUGAGCUGGCCAGGAGAUAUUUUUGUCUCCCCUCACCUCCCAGCCCUAUUCUCACAGCUACCUUUGAGCUGCUGGACUUUGCAGAGCACAUUGUGGCUUGCAUUGGCUCAGCCCGAGUUCAGUCACCCAAAACCUUGCAGGUCUAUUUUGAAACAUCAUUCAAUCUGUCCACUAUGGAGUUUCUUUUCUUUUUUUUUUCCCCCCACUCUUGCUUCUGACAUCAUUUCCCGAACACUAUAUUCACCGAGCCCCGUAGCCAGAUCGUCUCCUCAGCAUAUGAUGCAAGGAGCUCUUUGAAAUGGAUCUCAGCUCUUCUUUUGCUCUGCUCUGCUUGCUGGUGAUAAUAACUGUUACUCAAGGCUCUGCCGUCUGGACUGGUGCGCUCAGUGGCGACUCAGCAGUCUUUUCUUUGGAAAUCCAAAGCCUGCAGAACUUCUCCAGCAUGAGCAAGGAGGACAAGAAAUGCUCUACAACUGUCCUAAGUGAUACUUUGUUGGCCAAAUGUGGCACUUCUGCCAAUAGAUGGCUGAACUUAGAGAACGGCUCCCUGGUGCUGAGGAGUGUGGAGAAAGACGAUGAAGGAAAAUACGGAUUUGUUUUUCAGAACACCACCAGAUAUUUUACACUGGAAGUAUUUGAGCCGACCAUUGGUAUCCAGUGCUUCCCUGACGGGACUGCAGAGUUGUCCUGCAACGUGGCCAGCAGCCAGAUCCUGGUAUUCCGGUGGCUGCUCAAUGGCACCCACCUGAAAGCCGAGGGGGCUUGCAUUAAGGAUGCUGGGAAGAAGGUUCACCUGGACAAAACUGAGCCUGGGGAGUUUGUCUGUGAAAUUUUGAAGGGGAACAGUGUCACCAGGACCAGGCCCAUUACGCUGUCUUGCAGCUAUGACCUGCUGCGGUACCCGGGGUUCCUUUACAUCCUGGUGGGGUGUGCAGCGGGUGUGCUCAUCCUCCUGGUGGCUCUGCCUGCAGCCAUAUGUUGCUGCAUGAAGAGGAGACACAAGUUCAUCCCGGUGCCUUCAGAGGAGAAGGAUGACGGAUUGACAAUGUCAGUGGUGUCCGCCGAAGGCGUGAAGAGUCCCCCCAAUGGAGACCGUGUCGAGGCUCAGGCUGCCCAACCUGACCGUCCUCCGAAGCCUGAUGCUGCCCAGAUUGGCCAAGGUGUUGAGCCCCAGCCACUGGCGGAAGAAAUCUUACCAGUGCAGCUAGAAGCUGGAGAAAUGCGGGAUCCUGAGGUCAUAGUUGAUAUGGAAAGCCAGGAAGGUGCCUCAGACUGUUUCCCAGAUCCAGCUGAUGACUGAUCUCACGUGCUUGCUGUUCCUCCCUGAAGCCUGUGACACUUGUCCUUUGCAUCCCAUAGUCUUCGCUGUGUCUGGAAAAUUUUAGCAGGGGAAACAUGAGAGGUGUCAGACCUGCUGACCUCAUUUAAAAAGAAAAAAGAAAAUACAGAGAAAAGCACACACGUGGCCUGACAGAUUCACUAACAAACAAAAGCGGGCAGGUCUUUGAUGCUUUGCCUGAUAACAGAGCUGGCAGCGCAGGUAAGGAGCCCCAGGGGACAGCCUGGAAUGAGAUGGACAGCUCCUCCUGCUCCCUGCCCAUCCCAUGCCUGUCUCUGCCAGCCAGGGGCAGGCACUGCAGGCAGGUUCAGGUGGCCUGCCAGUCCCAGGCAGGAACCAGGGACUUGCCAGAAAUUUCCUGAGAAAGCUUCUUCUCAGGAGACUUCAGGGCAUUUUUUUUCAGAGGCCCUGCCAAGGAAACUCAAAGGAGGUCUCAGCUCAGUGUUUGCUGUCCUGGGUACUUAUCUGAGUUCCUCUUCUGAGCUUCAGACCCUGUGACUUGGCCCUCACCUCUUGCUGCCUGGAGCAGGAGCAGUGGUGGGGGCUGGAAAUUUGCCUUGCAGGUGCUGUGUGCAGAGCUGGGGUGAUGCUGCCUUUUCUCACCUCUCAGUGCCACAGAUGACAGAGGGUACAGUCACCUUUCACCAGAGCUCGGCUGCCUGGGCUGCCCCUGAGCUAAGCCAGUGCUGUCACUCGCUUGCCUGCCUGCAGGAGGAGGGGGCUUGGGGCUGCAAUUUUGGCAGAAACCUCAAUUUUAAGGCUGAGGUUGUUUAUCAAUGCAAGCAUUAGUGCCUUUAGUGUAAUAGUUUAGCUACUGCAAGCUGAUGAAGCUGCCCAUCUGCCUGUGCAUGUAGGCUUGUUUGGGGCUGUGUUAUGUGUACAGACAGCAGCAGUUUAUAGAGUCUCUUAGGUAAGUCUUGCUGCUGCUCACGUCCUGUUCUGCUCAGGGGAGGGGUGCCUGUGGAGCAGCUGGGGUAGACCUGCAGGGAAGAAGGAUGUGGUGAGGAGAGGGCAGGGGCUCUGUCUCAGGCAGCAGGUAGCUGAGUCCCAGCAAAGCUGCCAGGCACUGCAGGGCUGCCAGGAUGCAGGGAGUG